CGAUGCUAUCACUUUCCUGAAAAAAGAGCAAAAGUACAACUUACACCACUACAAUCCAAUUUCCAACCCUUCUCUUCACUCCACCUCCAAUAAUAUCUCCCAUCAUUUCUCAAAUUAAACAUCAUUCCUUCAUCAAUGGCGUCCACUUACCUACUCCACCCCACCACCAUUUCAAUACCCUUCAAACAAUUAAACCUUCAAUCUCUUCAACCCAGAUUCUUUCUUAAUACUCAAACUAGAACAAUUUAUGUUCGCGAUUUCCGAAUCAGGGCGUCGGAUGGGGUUGAAAAUGCCGAUUCUUAUCUCAAUAUGUGGAAAAAUGCUGUGAAUCGGGAGAAAAAGGAGAUUGAGUUUAACGCGAUUGCGCAGAAAUUGCCCCCGAUUGAUGGUGGUGUCGACGAGGAAACUCCAGAUGAUUUGGAGAAGAAGAGCUUUGAGUUUCAGAAGAUUCUGGAAGUUUCUAAGGAGGAGAGAGAUAAAGUUCAGCGGAUGCAGGUUAUUGAUCGUGCUGCUGCCGCCAUUGCUGCUGCUCGUGCUCUUCUUAAGGGUAGGAAGGCUGAUGAUGUUGCAAACUCCUUGAGUUCUGAAAGCGUUCGGGUCCGAUCUGACAACAGUGGGGUUUUGAGCCCGGAGACUGAGAAUGGAGGAAUAGAUAGUGGAAGCUCUUACAAGCGUCAAUCGAGAAUUUCUGCAGUUGGGCCACCUGGUCCUGACUUUUGGUCUUGGACACCCCCUCCAGAGGAUGAUUUGAAUCGAAGUGAUGUCAGUAAAAUACAGAAAGCUCCAAAAACCAAUCCACAUCCGACAAAUACUGUGAUCGAGAAAGAGAGAUCUGCAGAUUACCUCUCUAUACCGUUGGAAAGCACUUACUCAGAAAACAACCUUAUCCAAAAUCUCCCUCCUUUUCAAUCAUUAAUGGAGGUGCACAAAGUAGAAGCUCUUAAUUCCAGUCAAGAAGCCACUGUAAUGCAAGAGGAAAUUGGUUCUCAAUUCUCAGCUCAUGCAGCAGAAGCCAAUCAUGCUUUACAUAAUGUAGAAGAAAAACCAUUUUAUGGGAUAAAUCCUGAAGGAUCAAGGGUGUGGAAGGAGACAGGAGUUGAAACAAGAACUGAUGGUGUUGUUUGCCGAUGGACAUUAAACAGAGGUGUGACUGCUGAUGGGGUUGUAGAAUGGGAAGAGAAAUAUUGGGAGGCAGCCGACGGACUUGAUUAUAAGGAACUUGGGUCAGAGAAGUCUGGACGUGAUUCCAUGGGAAAUGUUUGGCGUGAGUACUGGAAGGAAACAAUGUGGCAGGAGCAUGGUCUUUUACACAUGGAGAAGACUGCAGAUAAGUGGGGAAAGAAUGCAAAGGGUGAAGAGUGGCAAGAGAAAUGGUUGGAGAAAUACGAUGCCUCUGGGAAAGCGGAUAAGUGGGCACACAAGUGGUGUAGUAUCGAUCCCAACACUCAAGUUGAGAUUGGUCAUGCCCAUGUUUGGCAUGAGAGGUGGGGAGAAACAUACGAUAGACAAGGCGGAAGUAUAAAGUACACAGAUAAAUGGGCAGAACGUUGUGAAGGAGACGAUUGGGUAAAAUGGGGUGACAAAUGGGAUGAGAACUUCGAUCAAAAUGGUCACGGGGUAAAACAGGGAGAGACGUGGUGGGAAGGUAAGUACGGAGACCAGUGGAACAGAACGUGGGGCGAGAGACAUAACGGCUCUGGAUGGCUGCACAAGUAUGGGAAAAGCAGCAGCGGCGAGCAUUGGGAUACUCAUGCACAAGAAGAUACCUGGUAUGAGAGGUUUCCACACUUUGGCUUUAUGCAUUGUUUUGAGAAUUCUCCGCAGCUAAGGGAAGUUAAGAAACCCUCUGACAUAUGAUAAUUAUUAUGGUGUUAAUUAUUCUUUUAGACGAUUAUGUAGGAAUUAUUUUAAGUGUUAAGGAACGUUCUUUGUACAAAUUACUACUUGGUACUAUAUAGUCAAAAUGGAAGACUGUAUCGACUGUCUGCAGAUGUCGUAGCAAUAGGUUUUGUGUGCCUAGACGUUAUAUAUUCUUUUACUUUUGUUCCAAAGUUUUGUAUUGUAAUAUUUUUACAUGGAUAUGCAAUUACAGAGGUUAAUUAACCGUAUUACCGUAA